AUGCGGCUAACAAGGCAAGAGAUGAAGCAUUUUCUAGAGAAAGGGAGUAUGCACACAAACAAGACAUGGACAAGAAGGAUCAGGAAACAAUGGCCAUGGAUACGAGCCAUUGUCCCCAUAAACAAAGUCAUUUUGGAAGUUAGAAUGAAGGGAUGUUAUAUGAGAAGAAGGCUUUUCCGUGACGAUGGACUUGGCAACACGGAUUGGAAAAAUGAUGAAAACCAUUAG